AUGGAGGUCAGGUACAACCAAGAGACAGAAGGAAUGGUGCUGAAGAAUGGACUUAAGGAGGGCAAAGACGGAAAGGACUCACAGGGCAGCUUGUCCAAAAGCUUUCUAAAGGAGCAAAAGAGCUCUUUUUCAUCCUCUGAGACUGUGGAAAACUGCGAGAAAAACAGGGCAAGCACCGGAGACCCAGACUACUGUCGGAGAAUACUUGUACGAGAUGCAAAAGGUUCCAUCCGAGAAAUUAUCCUACCAAAGGGUUUGGAUUUGGACAGGCCCAAAAGAACCCGCACGUCUUUCACCGCCGAGCAACUCUACAGGUUAGAGAUGGAGUUUCAGAGGUGUCAGUAUGUUGUGGGAAGGGAGCGGACCGAACUGGCCCGCCAGCUCAAUUUGUCUGAAACUCAGGUAAAGGUCUGGUUCCAGAAUCGCCGUACAAAGCAAAAAAAAGAUCAGGGGAAAGACUCCGAGCUCCGCUCAGUGGUUUCGGAGACUGCAGCAACCUGUAGUGUCCUCAGACUGCUGGAGCAGGGUCGUUUACUCACACCCUCGGGCUUACCGGGCAUCUUGCCCCACUGUGGUAGCAGCACUCUGGGCUCAGCACUGCGCCCCCCCACCAUUAGCAUGGGCAGCAAUAGCAGCAACAUUGGAGGUGGCAGCGGAGGCACUGGCGGUAGUCCAACCCUACCCGCUGUCACCAGUUCUGGGACAGUGCCAGGCCUGCAGAGCUCCCCACCAGCGCACAGUUUAUUUAGCUUCCCCAUGCCUUCCUUACUUAGCGGUGUCGCGGGCCGCAUGUCGUCGAACCCGCUGACUGUGGCCAGUUCAUUAGCCGGCAAUCUCCAAGAACUCUCUGCCCGCUAUCUGAGCUCUUCUGCUUUUGAGCCUUACUCGCGGACCAAUGGCAAAGAAUCCAUGGACAAGAAGAUUCUGGAAUGAUCCUUUGUUUUUUGUUUUUUUGAUGAAGUAUGCUUCCCUCCUGGAAAUAUUUGGUUGAUAUUUGGCUUAACCUGUCUUUGUUUUAGUCAGUGGCUCAACUGUCUGUGUCAUCCAGUUCUGUGGCUGUCUGGUUAUUUUGAUGCGUACAUAUUUGGUGCAUUCUGCAAAUCAUAUCGAAAGAUUUGGUAAUGGAAAUGUUUUCUGUUAAGCGUUGAUUUUGAGAAGCAAUUCUUAAAGGGAUUAUUUCAAAGAUCUUUCUUUUUUUAAGAAACAUUCAAGAGUAAUCUUCAAAGUACUGCACAGUGCAUAGGGUUUCACGCUACAAAAAGAUGGCAGGUUUCUUUACUGUCUGAUAUUAUUUAAUUGUAUUUGGUAGGUCAAACAAGACACUACACUUGAGUAGUUGUAGAGAAUGAAGCCAUUUUGUGUAGCAGGAUGUCAGAUGAAGCAGAUCACACUCGCCGGGUUUCGAGCUGUCUUGUAUAUUCAUUUGUAUGAAACCUGGCUUGAACAAAAACAUUCAAGAGACAUAGUCGUCAUUCAGAAGAAUUGCUUAUUGUCUUUUCAAUGGUUUAUCGAAGACUCAAAUUUUUUUUCUCAAUGUCUGUGGCGUUUUUGUCCUCAAGUUGCAGUACCUAAUCUUUACUUUUGAUCAUUCUUCCCAUCUGUAAUUUCUGUACCAUUGUGAGUUUUGGUGUAUAGUCCUUUAAAAAAAGCUUUCCUUUUCAUCAUCAGAGUGCUGCUUGCUUUGAUGAUCACCAAAAUGGGAGAAGGUUUAUCAGCCUUUAAGACGUUCUUUAGAUCCUUUGUGAAAUCAGUGGCCAUUAACCCAGACACACUUGGAGAAAGGGUGGAAUGACUGUACUAUCAAAGUACUGCAAAUGAGAGAUGUACUUAUAAAUGGCUAUUUUAUUGUAAAUU